AUGGAGAGGGACCAUGGCCAGCUCUCCGCGCAGGCGGCCCUUUUCCAGGAACGGUACACCCGUUACGAGAACUUCAUUGAUGCCAUCUUAGCGUCUCGGCUACACCUUGCAACCGUAGUGUCGGGUCAAGACGGACCGAAAAAUCUCGUCAACCCAUCCACCGGAGCCAUUUCCCAAGACGAAGCUGCUCCCACCCAGAAUACCCCACAUAUACAACGAAGAAUCAAUAAGCGGUCCUUGCUUCUGGACGUGAGUACCUAUAUCCUCUCAUCUGGAAGUUGCCCUAGACAAUCCAUCAAAGCUCAGUCUGUUGAGGGCCCUCUGGCAACAUCCCUCGACUGGAAGGAGACCGUGCAGCCGUUGCAGUCUCAACAAGCUCUGCAACGAGUCAUGUCUACAAGAAGCGCAAAACGCGAUUGCGACUAG